GGGGCGGGCGGCGAGCCCGAGCCCCCGGCCGGGGAGCGGCUGGUGGUGGCGGAGAGCCUGGGCCCGCUCCGCGAGAACCCCUUCAUGCGGCUGGAGAGCGAGCGGCGCCGGCUGCGGCAGGGGCGGCCCGGGCCCGGCGGCGCGGCGCGGCCGCUGCAGCAGCUGCUAGAGCUGUACAGCGCCGUGCCCGGCAUCCGCACCAUCCGCGCCGAAAACAUUCUCAUCAUCGAGUCCCGCGCCGACCCCGCCGCCUGCUUCGCCGCGGGAGACGCGCCGCCCGCCCGCCGCCGGGACCCGGCCGGCCCCGACCCGCUGAGGGAGCUGCUGGCCCGGCGCGGCGCCGCGCUCGCCGAGAUCCGCGCCGACCAGGUCGUCAUCUACGAGACGGGGGAGCCACCGGAGCCGCCCGAGGCGGCCGAGCCGGGCACCGUCAGCCGCCUUCUGGAGAAGUUCGGGCAGCGGCCCCGCGGCCGCCGUCGCCGCGUUGGGGACGCGCUGACCGGGACCGGCGGGGCCGCGGCUCCUCCGCAGGUGGGACCGGCCGCUGCCCGGGCUGCGCCGCCCGCUCCGCCCGCGGGGCCCGGCUCCCCCCGCGCCCCCGCGCCCCUCCAGAAGGGACCCGGCUUUCCCCGGACCCCGGCGCCAAAGGCGGCACCGGCAUCUCCGCCGGCGGUCCCGGCCACCCCCCCGCCGCUGCCGGCCCCUCCCCGGGCUGCCACCCCCCCAGCGGUGCCGGUGGCCCCCCAGCCCGCGAYCCCGCAGCCGGCUUCCCCGCGGGCUGUCACCCCUCCGCCCACGGCCCCCCCGCGGGUUGUCACACCCCCGCCCACGGUUUCCCCUCGGGCUGUCACCCCCCAGCCCACGGCACCUCCGCGGGCUCUCACUCCCCAGCCCGCACCACCUCCCCGGGCUGUAACCCCCCAGCCCACCCCCGCUCCCCCCCAUGUUUUCACCCCCGAGCCCGCUCCUCCCCAGCCCACCCCUCCUGCCCCCCGGGCUUUCACCCCCGAGCCCGCAGCCCCCCAGCCGACCCCGGCUCCCCUCCGGGCUGCAGCCCCUCAGGCGGUCCCAGCUGUCCCCAAGGCUGCUGCCCCCCAGGCCAACUGCUUCCUCCACAAGAUCAGCUCCAACUCCUUCACGGUCACUCCCCGGGGGCAGCUCCCCAGCACCCGCAUCCCCGAGCCCGGUGCUGUCCCCGCCGGCCGCCCCGUGACGGCCAAGGGGCAACCAGUGCCAUCCAUCAGCCCUUCCCAUGCCAGAGCCAACGCCAGGAGGCCAAAGCYGGAGGAGGCCGAAGCGGCCGUGUCCCCCCUGCCCAGUGCCAGUCCGGCCCCCAGUGCCACCGGCGCCGCUCGGCCGCUCUCCGCCUCAGCCCCCCGGGCCGGGGGCUCCUUCGAAAUUCACCCGGCCCCCAAGCCCAACUUGGCGGCCAUCCCAGCCCACGACCUGCAGGCACAGGCUCUGGCCAAGCUGCGCCUGAAUUCACGCAAUUCCUUCGUCUUCGUGCCCCGCCGGGAGGGUGGCCCGACUCAGCCACCGGCCCAGAUUGCCCGGCCAGGGCCAGCGCCACCGCCCUCGGAGGAGAAGGCACCCAAGGAGGUCCCGAGGGCUUCCGCCCCGGAGCAGGAAGAGCCCAUCACUUCCCCACCAGCGCCUGUGGAUCCGCUGGUACCUGUGACUUACAUCGAUGACAUUGUGGAGCCGGAUGGUGGGGAGCUUCCUCCCAAGGCUGGCCCGGCCGCGAGGACGGGGAGCUUGGCCGAUCAGCCUGGAGGAGCUGGCCCUGACCUGGAGAUGGAGUUUUCCUCCGUGCCCCUCUACAGACCACACACGGCCCCCCAGCAGCGGGGUGGCAGCACCUUCACUGUCGUGCCCAAAAGGAAGCCUGUGCCCCCGGGGCUGCAGGCUCUCACCGAUGCCAGUGGAAGGCCRCAGCGGGAGGAAGAGGAGGAGGAGGAGGAGAGCAAAGGAAGAGGCAAAGCCGUGGAGAACGCUGAUGGACCCCAAGUGGCGAUAUCCCAUAAAAAACGCUACCCCACGGUGAAUGAAAUCGAAGUGAUUGGGGGGUACCUGUCCCUGGAGAGGUCCUGCAUGAGCAAGACAGGCUCRCGCCGCAAGAAGAUGAAGAUCUCUUUCAAUGAGACAAGUUUGCAGACUAUGUUUGAGUACCCCUCAGAGAGCUCCUUGGCAGAAGAGGAUGAGGAAGAGGAAGGCCAUGCUUCUGAAACAGAGGAGGAAAAAUCUCGUACUCUGUAUGUUCCACGCCCAAACAGCACUUUGCAUCCCAGUACACCUAACUCAGCAGAUUUAUCCAGCUACACCCCAAAGCACUCCGUGAAGUUCAGCGAGUGGCAGGAGCAAAAGUAUGAGGGUCCUGCUGCAGAGGGAGCCCUCCCAAAGGAAGCUGAUUCCCAUGGGAACCAAGUCAUGCUCACCCCGGCGGAGAAGGGCGGUCUCUCGGAUUUCAGCAGCGAGCCCGCGCUCUAUUUCUGAGCCUCAUCGCCGGUGCUGCAGCAGCGGCUGCUGGGCAGGACGGGGCAGUGCAGCCGCCGUGUCCCCACGGGAACCGCCACGGAAACCGGCCCGACACCGCGGCGUUCCUCACAUCCUGCUGCCAAGGGUGGACCAGAUGCUAUCAGGCAUCCUCAGAGAAUAUUUGCACUGGAUUUUGGGACCGAAUUACUGCUUUCAAGGCGUAUGAAUUAUUCUGCCUGUGGCCUUGCAUAUUCCUUGUUCAAGAUCAGCUGCUGGUUAGGCAAAUGUGGGAAGGRCAUCUGUAAUCCUGGGAUGGAUGUUGAUUUUUCUCAGUGCUUAUCUUAGUCCAGGCACUGUGCAGGGGCUGGACAGCUUUUGUAACCCUUCUCCCCAGGGGAGGAUGGCUCUGGAGUUGGAGCUCUGGGAGCACUGGGUGGUCASGUGGGUUCACAGCGUGGCUGUGAUUUGACACAUGGGGUGUCAGUUGGAAAACCAUUGAAGGCUCAUGGUUUGUCCCUGGCACAUUUCUGGCUCUGCUUUCACUGAAACAUGGAAUUCAUGUGCUAGUUAUGUGCUUGUGGAGUUCACUGAACACCCUGAGGCAUGGGAAGGGCAACGAAUGCCUUUAGCUUUAGGUGUUAUUUUUGCACCAAUCAGUAAAGAAGUGUCCAGACUUGCUUGAGCCUGUUGAAGAUUCCCAAACAUUGGCCAUAGCUUUGGUCUGUCCUUCCCAACUGUGGCAUCCAGUCUCUGGGAAUUGCUGGUUGUGCUCCAGUUUGYCAGUUCCUCUUGUUGCUUUGUUCCAGAUCUCACUGAUCUCUCUUGGUUGCUUCCUUCGAGCCACGCUCACUCUGAUCCUCUAAUCAAAGCACAGGAGGGCAGUUUCACUCCUUUCUUCUGCAGAACUUGAACAAGGAAUGUGGGUUUUUUUUGGUUUUUUUUUUUUUUUUUUGGAUUUUUAUAGUUCUAUUGUAAUUGUUUAAUGCAGCCAAUAUGCAAAGGAAUCUGCUAGAAUCUUCCAUUCA